AUGGUGCUGCUGGUCUCCUCUGUCAGCGCAAUCAGGAGGAUGCUGGCUUUUGGUGAGUCAUACGCUGAGACGCAUGGAUUGGUGUACAAUAACAAGAAAAGUGAAUACCUAGUCUUCAAGGCUGGCAACAGAUUACCGGAAAAUAUACCCUCAAUGCACCAGUUUAGUUUUAAUGAGGUUCCUAUUAGAGUACACCAAUUCAAGUACCUAGUUCACAUUGUCACAGAAGACCUAAAGGACAAUGUUGAUAUUGAUCGAGAACGUAGGGCGUUGUCGAUCAGGACGAACAUGUUGGCCCGCAGAUUUGCUCGUUGCUCAACACCAAUUAAGAUCACGCUUUUUAAAGCUUACUGCACUUCUUUUUAUACGAGCAAUCUGUGGGUCGGCUAA